UGCUUGCUCAAAAGAAGACUCGAACCCGAAACCUGAUUUUGAAUGUGUCUCAAAGAAAGGGAUUAUUAGUUGUCCAGGUAGGAGGAUGGUAGCUUAUUAGUUGAAUCUUGUCUUGUACUGGCUUCCUCCUUACGGAUGUACUCUGAUAUUUGCGCCCAUUCCCACUCUCUUAUGUACUAUUUCUGCAACUCUGUCACCCAAACUCCACAUCCCCAUUUGACACCUGUCGUCUCAAAACUUUUUGAGAUUCGCUAAGACCCCUCCCCCAUUCCCAUCUCUCAAAUCUUGAAGCUAUUCCCUUUGUCCUUUUCCUUCUUGCAUUGUUGACAGUGCCAUGUUUGAUAAUCUUUCUGUUUACUCUGUUCAUCCACAUUGCAUUAAUGGCGUCUCUCACGCCUGGUAUUUUGCUUAAACUCUUGCAACACCUCGAUGAUAAAGAUACUAAAGUCGCUGGCCAACACCGCUCUGCUCUUCUUCAGGUGAUUAGUAUAGUUCCUUCACUUGAUGAUGAUCCAUGGAAAAGCAGGGGAUUUUAUCUGCGCGUGUCUGAUUCUCACCAUUCAGCUUACGUUUCUGUAUCAGAACAAGAUGCUGAGUUGAUACUGAGUGACAAGAUCCAACUGGGUCAGUUCAUUCAUGUCACUCGUCUUGACUCCGGUUCACCUGUUCCGGUUCUUCGUGGUGUUAAGCCGGUUCCCAAGAGGCGGCCAUGUGUUGGGGAUCCUAAAGAUUUGAUUUCCAGUGAUUUUCUCACUGCCAAGAACCGACCCGACCCGAAAAAGGGGAAGAAGAAUGAGGUUAAACGGGUCGUGGCGGUGAAUGAGGAUGUGAAAUCAAGAAGAAAGUCCAUAGGAAAUGGGAAGGUGGAGGGGUUAGAGAUGAGGAGAUUGAGUUUGGAUUCAGUAAGAAGAGGAUGGGAUCGGAGCCCCGGUGAGAGAAAUGGGUCAAAAUCCAGAACCGGGUUAUCGGGUUCGGAUACACUUUCUUCUGUGAAGAAGCCUUCUUUAGACAAAGUUUCAACACCAAGGCGUUCAACUGCAAGUAUUUCACCGCUUAAAAGUAAAAAUAAUAUUGUCUCACCGAGAUCAGUUGGCAAGCCAACUAGAAAAGAUCUAGAGCUUGUCUCACCAAGGUCAGUUAGCAAGCCCACUAGAAAAGAUCUAGAGCUUAUCGUCUCACCGAGAUCAGUUGGCAAGCCAACUAGAAAAGAUCUAGAGCUUACACAAGAUGAGACUCUUCCGUCCAAUCUGACAAAGGUGGCUCUCAGUUUUAAAAAUUGGUCAGACUCGAGGAUUUCAUGGAGUUCACUUCCAUCUACAGUUGGUGACCUUGGCAAGGAAGUUAUAAGUCAUAGGAAUGUCGCAUUUCUGUCUGCGAUGCAAGCAUUAGAAGAAGCUGCUGCUGCAGAAAAUGUCAUCCAGUGCAUGAGCAUGUUUGCACAGCUAUGUGAAGCGUCAAAGAAAGUACCUGCUGGACAACUGGUUGAGCAAUUUCUGAACCUUCAUCAAAACAUGCAGAAAGCAGCGGCUGUUACGAAAUCCUUGGUGACGAGAACUCCUGAAGCAAAAGGCAAUGACAAGUUCUGUCUGCAGAAUCCCUUUCCAGAAAUUUGUGAUAAUUUUACAAAUAAGAACGCAGCCUCUUGGAUUCAAGCUGCAAUUGAUUCCGAUCUUUCCAAUUUCUGUUUGUUGAUAAAGGAAGGCAAGAAGGAAAAUUUGGAUAGCGAGAAAUCUCAUUACAUUAUACUAGAGAACAAUCCAAAGAUUACUGAAGCGGAAAACCAUUCGCCUAUAAACAAGCCAAGCAUUAAAACCAAUGGGCCGUCUGGUCCUGAUUCUAGUGGACGAAGAUCAGUAUCUAGAUCGAAGCAGCAUUUACCAGCUACAAGAAGAACAAAUAUUAAAAGGAAAGAAUGGUCGAGAGAGAGUGGGCUGAAGGAGGCUGCAAAUUUAGCAGAAAAGUUGCUUUCUUCAUCUCGGGCUUGGUUCUUGAACUUCUUGGAAGAUUCGUUGAGCAAGGGAUUUGGGCUGAAUACUGUGGAAGAGAAUUCUGAAAUUGCAGGUCUUCUUGGUCAGCUCAAAAGGGUCAAUCAGUGGUUGGAUGACAUGGUUAAGUUAGGGAACAGAGUAGACGAGAGGGUAGAAGGGUUAAAAAAGAAGUUAUAUAGGUUUUUGCUCAACCAUAUUGACUCCACGAUUCUUGGAGGCAAGUAAAACGAGCAAUGGUCUUAGCUAUUAACAACUAACAGCCUGGAAAUUUGAUUGUUCUUUCCUGAUGCUAUAGAUAAGGUAUUUUCCGGGGACAUGAAUAUGGUCAUUAACACAAUUCCUAAUUGAUCGCCCGGCUCUAAGAUAUUUAGAGAGGAGUAGAUAUGACUAGUGCUUCAGUAUCCAAAUGUAUAGAAGAAUAUAUCUUCAUUGCUUCUCUGAACUGGAGAAAGAAAUCUUAAAUUUAGAUAUUUUCAACAUCAAAAGUUGAUCUGUCCCCAAAUA